CACUCCGUUUGUACCAGUGUAAUGUAGGUCGGUCUCUUCUCGACCUCGUCGACGCACGCAGACCCCACUCAAGCCGCCACUCACUUAUUUGCCCGCUCGUAAAGCGCUGCCCUUGUCCGUGCGCUGCUCAAUCUCACCUCUGUUGGCUCCCUAACGAUGGAGCAGGAGAUGCUGUAAAACGAGACAGACGGACAAACAGCAGGCAAGAACGCUUACGAUGAUGUCCUCUUACUAUCAUCCAGCCAAGGAGGCAGACAUGGCGGCCAUGGCGGAACCACUCUGCCUAGAAAGAGAUGUGUGUAGAGUGAUCGAGCUGUUGGACCGGCUGCAGCGCAGAGGUGAAUUGCCUCCUCCCAAGUUGCAGGCCCUGCAGCGAGUGUUGCAGAGCAAGUUUUGUGCCGCCAUCAGAGAGGUGUACGAGCAACUGUAUGACACGUUAGACAUUGUUGGGGGACCAGAGGUGCGAGCGCAGGCGACAGCAAAGGCCACCGUGGCAGCCUUCGCGGCCAGCGAGGGCCACGCCCACCCCCGGGUGGUGGAGCUGCCAAAGACGGACGAAGGUCUGGGCUUCAAUAUCAUGGGGGGUAAAGAGCAGAACUCCCCCAUCUACAUUUCCAGAGUGAUACCCGCGGGUGUGGCCGACCGACAGGGGGGUCUGAAGAGAGGGGACCAGCUGCUGUCUGUCAAUGGAGUGACUGUGGAAGGGGAGCACCACGAGAAGGCCGUGGAGCUGUUAAAGGCCGCCCAUAGCUCUGUCAAAUUGGUGGUGCGCUACACCCCAAAGGUCCUGGAGGAAAUGGAGGCUCGCUUUGAGAAGAUGAGGACCGCCCGGAGACGACAACAGCAUACAAGUUACACUUCUCUGGAGUCCAGGGGCUAAGUCAUCCAAUGGCUAUCAACCACGUCGUCACCCAUCCCACCUGACGCUUGUGUCCCAGUUGGAGGCAUGACUAUAUAUGACAAGUAGAAAACCAAAGUAGCCUACAAACGCCUGCUACCUGAAAUGAAGCCAAACACUGCAGUUUGAGUUCAUCCCUUUCCCCCCCUUCCCGUUUCUUAGGAAAAAAAAUACAGUGGUAGCUUGUAGCGUCAAAUCCCGGUGUAGAAACAGAAAACAUAAAUGUAAUGGUGGCUUAACUAGAUUUUAAUGUUCCUAUUCAGAAUUUGUGCAGUAUGUGGACCACUGUGCUAUGAAGAAGUGUGUAGUUUGUGUAAUAAGACACUUAAGCCUUCAAGACCAUUUCUGUGAACAAACAGAGGGUUGGCAUGACGUGAUCAAAAGGAAGAACUACCCUCAGUGGCUGCUAUAAUCAUGAAAUAAAUGGUGUCAAACUGUCUUUUCAACUCUCUAUUUC